GUAUAUGUUGAUAUUCCAGGAGCCAUGGAUUUAUUCCUUAACUUACCAUUGGUCAUUGGUACCAUUCCUCUACAUCCAUUUGGUAGCAGAACAUCAAGUGUAAGCAGCCAGGGUAGCAUGAACAUGAACUGGCUUGGUCUGACACUGCCUGAAAGACUAGAAGCACCUCCUAGCUAUGCAGAAGUGGUGACAGAGGAAAACAUACAGUCUGAUCUUGCACCUGUAGCUGCUUUUGAUGAUUUUCAGAGAGCGCUGCAAGGACCAUUAUUUGCAUACAUCCACGAGUUUCGUUUUCUGCCUCCUCCCCUAUAUUCGGAAAUUGAUCCAAACCCAGAUCAGCCCACAGAUGAGAUACCAUCUUGCCCCUUUUGUUGA